GCCCGGCCCGGCGGCGGCUUGGGCCCCGCCCGGCGGAAGUGACGCCAGGCGGAGGCCGGUGCUUCCGGCGUGCAGGCAGUGGCGGCCCGGCAGGAGGAGCCCGGGGCGCCGCUCCCUGCCUCCCCCGCCCGGCCGCGCUCCGCCGUGCCCGGAGACAGAGCUCAGAUGAAAUCAAAAGAACGAUAAAGUUUGGAGGAGAAAAAGAAGCUGCAAUUGCUUUCCUGGUCUGCAGUUUGACAGGGCAUUAAGAUGUCCGUGGACAUGAACAGCCAGGGCUCUGACAGCAAUGAAGAGGAUUAUGACCCUAAUUGCGAGGAGGAGGAAGAGGAUGAGGAUCCUGGGGAUAUUGAGGAUUAUUAUGAUGGGGUAGCUAACGACGUGGAGCAGCAGGGAGCAGAUGCCUUUGAUCCAGAGGAAUAUCAGUUCACCUGCCUGACUUACAAGGAGUCGGAGAGCACUCUGAAUGAACACAUGGCCAGCUUGGCUGCCACGUUAAAGGUAUCACAUGCUGUUGCAAAACUAGUAUUAGUUAGUUUCCACUGGCAAAUCUCAGAGAUUUUGGAAAGGCACAAGUCUAAUGCUGCCCAAUUGCUAGUAGAAGCACGAGUUCAGCCCACCUCAUCCAAACAUGCAAUGGUACAUUCCUCCCAUCACUGCGCAGUGUGCAUGCAGUUUGUCCGGAAGGAGAACUUGCUCUCUCUGGCCUGUCAGCACCAGUUCUGUCGCAGCUGUUGGGAGCAGCACUGUACAGUGCUCGUCAAGGAUGGUGUAGGAGUUGGGGUUUCCUGCAUGGCUCAGGACUGCCUGCUUCGGACACCAGAAGACUUUGUGUUUCCAUUGCUGCCUAGUGAAGAGCUGAAAGACAAAUACAGGCGCUACCUCUUCAGGGACUAUGUGGAGAGCCAUUACCAGCUGCAGCUGUGUCCUGGUGCAGAUUGUCCUAUGGUCAUACAGGUACAGGAGCCAAAAGCCCGGCGAGUGCAGUGCAAUCGUUGCAAUGAGGUCUUCUGCUUUAAGUGUCGGCAGAUGUACCACGCACCCACAGACUGUGCUACCAUUCGGAAAUGGCUCACCAAGUGUGCAGAUGACUCCGAAACAGCCAACUACAUCAGUGCUCACACUAAAGAUUGUCCCAAGUGCAAUAUCUGUAUUGAAAAGAAUGGAGGCUGCAAUCACAUGCAAUGCUCCAAAUGCAAGCAUGAUUUCUGCUGGAUGUGUCUGGGAGACUGGAAGACUCACGGCAGCGAGUACUACGAAUGCAGUCGGUACAAAGAGAAUCCUGAUAUUGUAAACCAGAGUCAGCAAGCACAGGCCAGGGAGGCCCUUAAGAAGUACUUGUUCUAUUUUGAGAGGUGGGAGAAUCACAAUAAAAGCUUGCAGCUGGAGGCACAAACGUACCAACGGAUCCAGGAGAAAAUCCAAGAAAGAGUUAUGAACAAUUUGGGAACGUGGAUAGACUGGCAAUACCUACAAAAUGCUGCAAAACUACUUGCAAAGUGUCGUUACACCCUGCAGUACACAUAUCCAUAUGCCUACUACAUGGAGUCUGGUCCCAGAAAGAAGCUGUUUGAGUACCAGCAGGCCCAGCUGGAAGCUGAAAUUGAAAAUCUCUCGUGGAAGGUGGAACGAGCAGACAGCUAUGACAGAGGGGACUUAGAGAAUCAGAUGCACAUAGCAGAGCAGAGACGGAGGACCCUGCUGAAAGACUUCCACGACACAUAAGACAGGAGGAAGUGACGAAGUGCAGGGGUGAGAGCAGCGAGUGAAGUGAUGGCAGCUUCACCGGGAUAAGCAGGCACUGCCUCUGGGAGAACACGGCCAAGGACAAAGCCACCCCUCCCCUUGCAAGUCAGACACAUGCAAACACCACAUCUUAGUCCAGUUUGUUCUCUUAUCUUUCUGUUUCUGUUUCUGCCAGGCUAGAGGCCAGAGUUCAGAUUGGCAUAUUUCCUGGGACAUUUCCCUCCUGCCCUGGAUGGUUUCAGAAGGGGAGGGAGUUUUUCUCUGAAUGGCUGUUAAUAGUAUUAGAUCAUUACAAUUUAUGUAAUUUUCAACGGUUGUACAAUUAUACAGACAAACCUUAGAAUAACACACAACCCUUUUUAAAAAUAAAUUGGCAGUGGAGUGUUUUUCCUUAA